GUAAUUAGUAACCAUGUGACUAAACUUUGGACAAAUUUCAAAAACUCAUAUUCAUUUGACACAUCAUCAAAUUAUUUAUUAAAUGAUUAUUCAUUUAUUUCAUGGAUUCAAUAUAAUUUUUAAAUAGGACAAACUGAAAAAAUCACUCCUCGAAUUACAAAAACUACCCCUAAAAUGUGGUAGAGUUGUAUUUACACCCUCAAGCUUGAAUUUAAAUAUUUGGCUCUUAAACUUCUACAAGUGUUAAAAUUGAACCCUCAAACUUAUAAUAAUUGUAGAAAUUAAAACCGCAAACGAUAAAAUUUAAACCCUCAAACUUAGGUUAUAAUUUAUUCAAUUAUGUAAGUUAGAAGGUUCAAUUCAACCCAAUUUUAAUACUCAUAUAAAUUUGAGGGUCUAAUUUUUAAAAUUGGAAGUUUAAAUAUGUAAUUACAACUAUCACCAUAUUCUAAUGGUAGUUUUUGCAAUUUGUCCUUUUAAAUACUACUUUCGUGGCAAGCAAUGAAUGAAGGUAAUAUGGCGAAGUGAACUUAACACAAUAGUAAUUGACAUGAUUUUUCUCCAUAAGAGUCGAAGGUUCGAUCUCCUGACUCCACAAUUAUUAUAAUUGAAAAAAAAUAGAAAUUUUCUCGUACAUUCUCGAUUUUGGACGAUGUACAUGCACAUCGAGACAAAAGGGUGGUAAGAUUUAAAUGAGCUUAUGGGGAGUCCUCUUUAUAUCAAAACUAAUCAGCUCUCAGCUUCUUGCAGCAACACAGCAGCGGCAAUGGCGGCGCCUAGACCUCACUUCCUUUUAUUUCCAUACAUGGAGCAAGGCCACAUAAUCUCAAUGGUGGAUUUCGGGCGCAUGCUAGCACGGCGGUGCGUGAUCGUCACGUUCAUCACAACGCCCCACAACGCAUCCCGUUUCGAAACCAUAGUCGACCGCGAGAGACAUUCAUUGGGUCUCAAAAUCAGCAUCAUUAAGAUCCAAUUUCCAUGGAAGGAAGCCGGAUUGCCGGAAGGGACUGAAAAUCAAGACCAACUUCCGCCGUCGGUGCCGGCGAUGGAAUUCAUGGCCGCCGCAUCAUUACUUCAAAACCCAGUCGAGAAACUGAUCGAAACCCUUUCACCACCGCCAAAUUGCAUAAUCUCCGAUGGCUGUUUACCCUUCACAAUGAACAUUGCUCGCAAAUUCAGCAUACCGAGAAUCUCAUUCCACGGUUUCAACUGUUUUUACAACUUAGUGAUGCGAAAUGCCUAUCAAAUUCUCUACACCGCACAAUCCGAAGAAGAAAAUUUCAUAGUUCCAAAUCUUCCCGAUCGAAUCGAAAUCAGCAAAGCAAGAUCCCCAACCCCAAUUUCUGAAAAUCUCAAAGAAUUUGAAAUCCUCUUAGGCAGAGCUGAAAUGACAGCAUAUGGAAUGGCACUGAAUUCUUUUGAGGAAAUGGAGCCUCAAUACGUAGAGGGUUUAAGAAAAACAGUAAACAGAGUAUAUUGUAUUGGCCCUGUUUCACUCUGCAACACGAACACCAUGGACAAAGCAGAGAGAGGUAAGAAAUCUGCCAUUGAUGAGCAUUCGUGUUUGAAGUGGCUUGAUUCACAAGAACCAAGCUCUGUUCUCUAUGUCUGUUUUGGGAGCCUCUGUAAUCUAAUACCCAAUCAAUUGAUAGAGCUGGCAUUGGGUUUAGAGGCAUCAAGAAGGCCAUUCAUAUGGGCAAUUAGAACAGGAGAAAAAGCAGAGGAAUUGAAGAAAUGGGUAUCGGAAAAUGGGUUUGAAAAUCGGAUUGAAGGAAAAGGGGUUCUGAUUUGGGGGUGGGCACCCCAAGUUUUGAUACUUUCACACUCUUCGAUUGGAGGGUUCUUGACUCACUGUGGGGCUAAUGGGAUUCAAGAAGGGGUAUGUUCAGGGGUGCCAUUGGUGACUUGGCCUCUGUUUUCGGAUCAGUUCAUAAAUGAGCAGCUUGUUGUUAAUGUACUGAAAAUUGGAGUGAGUGUAGGGGCGAAGUGGCCUGUGAAUGAAGGAGAAGAAGAUAAGUAUGGGAUUGAGGUGAAAAGGGAAGAUGUUAAAGCUGCCAUAGACAAGUUAAUGGAUGAAGAAAGUGAAGAGUCGAAAGAGAGGAGGAGGAGAGUGAAAGAGCUUGCAGAGAAGGCAAGAAGAGCUGUGGCAGAAGGAGGGUCCUCUUAUCUCAAUCUUUCAUUGUUGAUCAAAGACAUCAUGGAAUACCAAAAAUCGAGUGAAGAGUGAAUUGACAUUUCUUCUA